CUCUCUCUGGAGCAAAUGAUGGGACCAGUCUGCCGGACGUCGUGUGGAUAGAAAGCAUUUUUCCAAAUGAGAAGAAAAAUAUUUUAGUCCAAGAUUUUGAUGCUUCUGUUGAAUGCUUGCAGUGGAAUGGACCUGAAAGUCUGUAUAUAUGUGCUGCUCUGUGCAGCCUCCACAGCGCUUCCCGGUGUUUGUGGUGAGAGUGAGAGCAGAGCUGAGUCCAGGUGGGCCAGGCAGAGCCUCCCGGGGCUGCAGGCCACACACACGGCAGUGUUACACACACCGUCGUUCCAAGGGCGGGAAGAAGAGGAAGACAGAGGGCGGAGAGAGGUGCUCUGUGGGAUCGAGUGCCAGAGCAAGCUGCCGCUGAUUGAUCGGAGCGAACAAGAGAGGAUUCUGGGAUACCAAACCAUGUAUGAAAAUGGCACUUGCACACACACAGAUGUGAGUUUGGAAGCUUUCAACGAGACGACCGCGAAGCCAUCUGCCAUCUCAUCAGGUCGUACCAGAAGGAGACGGCAGGUCUACGGAGCGGACGGCCGCUUCGUGAUUUCGGACUCUCACUUCAUCACCAACUACCCGUUCUCCACCGCGGUCUGCCUCUCCACCGGCUGCUCCGGCGUCCUGAUAUCGCCAAAGCACGUGUUGACAGCGGCACGCUGCAUCCACGAUGGCGACGACUACCUGGAGAGCACCAGAAAGCUGAAAGUAGGGGUCCUGCAGCUCAAGACGAAACGAAGAAGAGGGGGCAGGAGGAGAGGAGGGCAACACCGAGACGGGAGGGAAGAGGAAGGGCAGACAGGUGAGGAGACGGGAGGAGGUCCGCCGAUGGAGGAGGGCGAAGAGAAGAACAGCAUAGAUGGGGAUGUAGUGAGAGGGAGAAACAGAGGUGAAGGUGGAAAGCGCAGAGGAAGACGGGGUCACGACGGUGAAGUUAAGAGAAAAGGCAGAGGGAAAGGAAAGAGACUGAGUCGUAAGCGGCGCAGCGCCGCAGCUAAGAAGGAACCCGCCUUCCGCUGGGCCCGAGUCAAGCAAACUCAAAUCCCUCAAGGAUGGUUACGCACCAAGAGCUCCUCCAACCCUCUGUCCUCCGACUACGAUUACGCAGUUCUGGAGCUGAAGCGGCCCGUCAAGCAGAAGCACAUGGAGCUGGGCGUGGCUCCCUCCGCCGCCGCCCUGGCACGGAUCCACUUCUCAGGCUACGAUGCUGACAAAGGCGGCGACGAGAAGGUGGUGUACCGGUUCUGCUCAGUGGCGAAACAGUCCGACGAUCUGAUGUAUCAGCACUGCGACGCGCAGGACGGCGCCAGGGGCGCCGGCAUCUACGUUCGUCUCAGGCAGGAAGCGGGCAGGAAGGGGAAGUGGCAGAGGAGGGUGAUAGGCGUGUUCUCCGGCCACCGCUGGGUGGAGGAAGACGGAGGCGAGCAGAAGGACUUCAACGUUGCGGUGAGGAUCACGCCUCCCAAGUAUGCCCAGAUCUGCUAUUGGAUCCAUGGAGAUCCAAGCCUCUGUAAAGAGAUCUGAACUCCCAACAGCCAACAAGAGAGCAAGAUCACGUCUUAAAGGACUCAAAGAUCAGAGCUGUUGUGCUUUUGUGACAAGUUUUUAAAAAGCCAAAUGUAUCUUCAAGAUUAAAGUCUAAUUCCAAUGUGUCGACAGUGACAAAGUAUUGCAAGAAAAGAGCGACAUUCAUCAUCCCUCCAGCACAGAGCGCCUUGAUGAGACGACCUGUUUGCUUCUUCAGUUCAACACAACAUAAGCAGAAAAUGUUGAGGAUGAACCCUGAAGUUACAGUAACGACAUUCGCUGUUUUAUGUGUGACUGCUAAGACUCUGAGUGACUUCAUGGUUGUGGAUGUCUGAUUGAGAAUUUGU